ACAUAAAAGAAACAGAAGCUGAAGCAAACUGAAGCACACAUAAACUUACCAAACAAAUAGAUUGUGCCAUCUAGUAAUCGCAUUAUUUAAUUUUAUAACGAACUUUUAUGAAUACGAAUACACGAAAUAAUACUAUCAUUGUUAAAAACACACAACUGAAGUUUACGUUUCACGUAAAGUGUAUUGAAGUGAAACUGUGAGAUUUCUCUUUAUUAUUCUAUUCCAUAGAAUAUUUCAAUAGUCAUGUCAAAAAUGACGGGUUAUGAUACGCACGAUGAUGGUCCUGGAUUUGUUGGUAUAAGAUUUUGUCAAGAAUGUAAUAAUAUGUUAUAUCCAAAGGAAGAUAAGGAAAACAAAGUGCUUAUGUAUGCGUGCAGGAAUUGUGAUUUUAAACAGCUAGCUGAUAGUAAUUGUAUAUAUGUAAACAAAAUUAUGCACGAAAUUGAUGAAUUGACACACAUUGUUGCUGAUGUUAUAUCUGAUCCUACUUUACCAAGAACAGAGGACCAUCCAUGUCCUAAAUGUAAUCACAGAGAAGCUGUAUUUUUCCAAGCUCAAACAAGGAGAGCAGAGGAAGAAAUGAGAUUAUAUUAUGUAUGUACAAAUCAACAUUGUUCACAUAGGUGGACAGAAUAAAUUUUAUAAUUUAUAUUACGAAUCUAUUUAAUAAGUAUAUUUUAAUACAAUUUAAAAUAAUAUACUACUAUAAAUAAGAU